ACAAUUUCUCCAGCUUUCCUACCACUGCCAACGGCGCUCCUCUCUCCAUCCUUUCAUAAUAUUUGUAUUCACAAUGAGAUAAGGCAACUGCUCUGACCCAUCUUCCUCCAAACCUCAUGCCCUCUCCCAUGGCGCCUCCUCUUUCUUCCCCUCUCGAUGUCAAACCAACUCACAUGUUCUUCAUUUCCCCACUGCGCCCCAACAAUUUCACCAAACCCUUAACAGUCCUCUGUACCUCCUCCAAAUCCCCUCCAAAACCUUCUCAAAUUUCCUCAGAAUCAAAUGACAGAAAAACCCCAUCUCUAUCCGAGCAGCUCAAGAAUCUCUCCACGACCACGCUUCCCAAUGCACCCAAAGACGAAUCCCCUCUCCUGUCGAAGCCUAAAUCCACCUGGGUGAACCCCACCAAGCCCAAGCGCUCGGUUCUAGCUCUCCAAAGGCAGAAACGCUCUUCUUACUCAUAUAACCCCAAACGCCGAGACCUUAAAACCUUUGCCCACAAGCUCAACGCCUGUGAAUCCUCUGAAAGUGCUUUCAUCGCGGCUCUUGAGGAAAUCCCACAUCCACCCACUAAAGAAAAUGCCCUUCUGAUUCUCAAUAGCUUGAAGCCAUGGCAGAAAACUCAUCUGUUCUUCAAUUGGAUCAAGACCCAGAAUCUGUUUCCUAUGGAGACUAUCUUCUACAAUGUGGCUAUGAAGUCUUUGAGGUAUGGUAGGCAGUUUCAGCUUAUUGAAGAUCUUGCAAAUGAGAUGAUUAGUAGUGGGAUUGAGCUUGAUAACAUUACUUAUUCUACCAUAAUCACUUCUGCUAAAAAGUGUAGUAGAUUUGAUAAGGCUAUGGAGUGGUUUGAGAGAAUGUAUAAAACUGGUUUGAUGCCUGAUGAGGUGACUUACUCUGCUAUUUUAGAUGUUUAUGCUCAUUUAGGCAAAGUUGAGGAGGUUCUUAGUUUGUAUGAAAGAGGGAGGGCUAGUGGUUGGAAGCCUGACACUGUCACAUUCUCUUUGUUGGCGAAGAUGUUUGGGGAAGCAGGGAAUUAUGAUGGGAUUAUGUAUGUUCUUCAAGAAAUGAAGUCUCUAGAGGUGCAGCCUAAUCUUGUGGUGUAUAACACUCUGUUGGAAGCAAUGGGGAAGGCUGGGAAGCCUGGUUUUGCAAGGAGCCUGUUCAACGAAAUGAUUGAAUCGGGGAUAACGCCGAAUGCGAAGACGUUGACUGCAUUGGUUAAGAUUUAUGGGAAGGCGAGGUGGGCUCGAGAUGCUUUAGACUUAUGGGAGCGGAUGAGGUCGAACGGGUGGCCAAUGGACUUCAUUUUGUAUAAUACAUUGUUGAGUAUGUGUGCUGACCUUGGUUUGGCGGAGGAAGCUGAGAAGCUCUUUGAAGAGAUGAAGAGGUCGGAGCAAUGUCGACCAGAUAGCUGGAGUUACACGGCGAUGUUGAAUAUAUAUGGUAGCGGAGGUAACGUCGAAAGAGCCAUGGAGUUGUUCGAAGAAAUGCUGGAGUUGGGUGUUGAGGUUAAUGUGAUGGGCUGCACUUGUUUGAUUCAGUGCUUGGGGAAAGCUGGGAGAAUUGAUGAUCUUGCAAGAGUGUUCGAUGUUUUGGUACAAAAAGGGAUCAAGCCAGAUGACAGACUUUGUGGCUGUUUGCUGUCUGUUGUGUCUUUGUGUGACAAUAGUGAAGACAUUAACAAGGUAUUCGCUUGUCUGCAACAAGCUAACCCAAACUUAGUUGCCUUCAUAAACCUUCUGCAACAAAACGACAUUACCUUUGAAGUUGUCAAAGACGAAUUCAGGAACAUUCUCGGCAACACUGCAACAGAAGCGCGACGACCUUUCUGCAAUUGCCUAAUUGAUAUAUGUCGAAACCAAAAUCUUCAUAAGAGAGCUCAUGAGUUGCUUUACUUAGGAAGUAUGUAUGGAUUGUACCCUGGGUUACACAACAAAACCGAUGCUGAAUGGUGCUUAGAUGUUCGAUCGCUAUCAGUAGGCGCAGCUCAGACUGCACUCGAAGAAUGGAUGAUAACUCUAACGAAGAUCGUUCAACGAGAAGAAGCAUUGCCAGAAUUGUUAUCAGCUCAAACCGGUGUAGGAACUCACAGGUUUUCUCAAGGACUAGCCAAUUCAUUUGCUUCUUAUCUAGAAAAACUUGCUGCUCCAUUUCAAAUGCAAGAAGACCGGGCUGGGUGGUUUGUAGCCACAAGGGAGGAUUUAGUUGCAUGGGUGCGUUCAAGUGAACCAUCUGUGGCUGCCACAACAGCUUAAUCAGCCAUGGGGUUAGUAGCAGGCACCUGUCAGGACUAGAAUGUAUGAGUUAAUUCAAAAAGUAAUGUGUUUUUCAGAAGCAUAUUCGGGUUCA